AUGGGGACGCCGGGGGAGGGGCUGGGCCGCUGCUCCCACGCCCUGAUCCGCGGGGUCCCGCAGAGCCUGGCGUCGGGGGAGGGUGCGGGGGCCGGCCUCCCUGCCCUGGACCUGGCCAAAGCUCAGCGGGAGCACGGGGUGCUGGGCGGCAAGUUGAGGCAGCGGCUGGGACUUCAGCUGCUGGAACUGCCUCCCGAAGAGUCGCUGCCGCUGGGACCGCUGCUCGGCGACACCGCCGUGAUCCAGGGGGACACGGCCCUGAUCGCGCGGCCCUGGAGCUCAGCCCGCAGGCCCGAGGUGGAUGGGGUCCGCCAAGCCCUCCAGGACCUGGGACUCCGGAUUGUGGAGAUGGGGGACGAGAACGCGACGCUGGAUGGCACCGAUGUCCUCUUCACCGGCCGCGAGUUCUUCGUGGGCCUCUCCAAGUGGACCAACCACCGAGGAGCCGAGAUCGUGGCCGACACGUUCCGGGACUUCGCCGUCUCCACAGUGCCCGUCUCCGGCCCCUGCCACCUGCGCAGCAUCUGCGGCAUGGGGGGACCCCGCACCGUGGUGGCGGGGAGCAGCGACGCCGCCCAAAAGGCGGUCCGGGCCAUGGCGGCGCUGACGGACCACCCCUACGCCUCCCUGACCCUCCCCGAUGACGCAGCCGCUGACUGUCUCUUCCUGCGCCCGGGGCUGCCGGGGGCGCCCCCUUUCCUGCUGCACCGCGGAGGGGGGGACCUGCCCAACAGCCAGGAGGCUCUGCAGAAGCUCUCUGAUGUCACCCUGGUCCCUGUGUCCUGCUCUGAACUGGAGAAGGCAGGUGCUGGGCUCAGCUCCCUCUGCCUGGUACUCAGCACACGCCCCCACAGUUGA